UUCCUUACCAAGUGCAACUGAUAGUACGAUGUGUGUGGUGCUAGUCUUCGCCGCCCCUUUUGGACCAGAAUUAGUCCGUGUGUUCCCGGUGUAGAGGCUAGAUCAGUGUCUUGUCGAUCUCGCUCACUCUCCCCUCAAUCCUUUCCCUCCUUUCCCUCUAAGGUUAUUUGUAUAUUUCCUAUGUAAUAACUGGUCAGGAAAGCAACUAAACGACGCGCUGUCUGUUUUUUGUUUUUUUUUAAACGCCUGUAACUGACAGGCGGUUUAUGGUUGGCUCUUCUCCGGAGAAUGCUCAAUGAUCGAUGGGGAAUCAUGAACAGCUCAUCGGAACACGAAGACGGGCAGCGGGGCAAAACCCAGGUGUGUUGUGACUGCCUUCCACAUUCUAUGUCAGUGAAACAUGCCUGGAGUUCAUCUGAUAACAAAAGACAAACAGGCCCAUAUAGGAUGAGUUGUAGCUAUCUUUUAUGUACCAUCCUGCUCUUCGUGGCCGUUCUCCUCGCGGUCACAGUGACGGGAACAAUUCUUCUUAUGAACCACUACCAGGCUCCACCAAUGUCGGAUGGCCCGCCCCAUAUUAGCACCAAUCAAGAUGAAGCCAAUGCAUUGGUGACAGUUGAGAGGGGUGAUGGAUCACGCAUCAAUAUCUUUAUCGACCCCAACUGUCCUGAUUAUAACAGUAACUUCCUGCGACUGGAAGGUGUGCAGACAUCUUUGCUGCACUCCCUUACGGACCAUGAUACGGAUCUCAAAUCUGUCAAAGGUCAGGAUCGUGCGCUAUUGGUCAACUUGGCAGAGGAAGUGGCUAAGCUGUCUGCCCAUGCAGGCCAGCUGAAGAUGGACUAUGAGUCUCUGAGAAGAGGGCAAAGCAACCUGGGACAGGACUUGACCACACUGCAGAAUGAACAGAGUCAACUUAUACAGCUGCUGUCCGAGAGCCAGAUUAACAUGGUGAAGGUUGUGAACUCUAUGAGUGAUGCUCUGAAUGCCAUGCAGAAGGAUACAGGUGGUUUGAAGGCCAGAGUGAAGGCUGACCUGCAGAGGGCACCAGUCAGAGGCGUUCGCCUUAAAAGCUGUGCGAAUGGCUCUCGUCCACGAGACUGCAGUGAUAUAUAUGUUAGUGGUCAGAGGGAAGAUGGCAUCUACUCUGUUUUUCCCACUCAUUACCCCACCGGCUUUCAGGUCUAUUGUGAUAUGAGCACGGACGGAGGUGGCUGGACGGUGAUCCAGCGGAGGGAGGAUGGCUCUGUGAACUUCUUCAGGGAGUGGGACUCCUACAGAGAAGGAUUUGGCAAAAUCACUGGAGAGCACUGGCUUGGUUUGAAACAGAUCCAUGCCCUGUCUAUCCAAGGGAACUAUGAAUUGCGUAUAGAUCUUGAGGACUUUGAAAACAGCACAGCUUUUGCGCAGUAUGGUGUGUUUGGAGUUGGACUAUUCUCUGUUGAUCCAGAGGAUGAUGGUUACCCACUAACCAUUGCUGAUUACACUGGCACUGCAGGGGAUUCUUUGCUAAAGCACAACGGAAUGAAGUUCACAACGAAAGACCGCGACAAUGAUCAUUCAGAGAACAACUGUGCUUCGUUCUACCACGGCGCCUGGUGGUAUCGCAACUGCCACACCUCCAACCUAAAUGGUCAAUAUCUGCAUGGACAGCACACCUCUUACGCUGACGGAAUUGAGUGGUCAUCCUGGACUGGAUGGCAAUACUCGCUAAAAUUCACAGAAAUGAAGAUUCGACCAACACGCGAAGAGAGGGAGAGCCAGUAAAUAGCAAAAUGAAAAUGGUCAAAUUAUUUCACGUGCAAGGAAGUUAAAAAAUGAAUAAAACCACAACAACAACAACAACAAAAAAACAUGUUUAAAAGACUUGAAUAUGGAACUUACAAUGUGGGAAAACAACAAGGACCGUUUUGUUGCUGAUACCUGAAAGAGAGCUCAUAUUGAUUGAUUAGCACUUUUUGUUUUCUGUUUUGUUGAUUAAUUUGGCAGAAAUGUUGCAGUAUUAUGCGACUAAAGUCAAAUCUGCAUUAAGUCUUCGUGUUUGAAGAAGGAGGGUACUACAAAAGAAGGAAGCGGUGGAGUAUGCAGAGAAUGAGAGGGAAAUGAGAAAAGGCGAGCAGGGGAGGUUGCUGUGGGUGUUUGUCUCUUCAAGAGGAACUCAUCUAUCUGACAGGCCAUUAACGAACAUAUUGGCCACUUUGUUAGAUUGCCAUUGCCAAGUGAUUUAAGCCAAGCUCUUCAUCUCACACAUACACAGAUGGAGGGUGGUUAUGUGUCUAUAUGUGACAGAGAGACAGAGUUAAAAAAGGAAAUGCGAUAUUGUCUUGUCUUUUUUGUGACUGUGUGUUUCUGACUUAACAGUCAACGAGUGUUCUUGGCAAUCUCUUUAUUGGCUCAACAAUCUUGCUGACUGAAUGUGUUUAUUUACAAGACACAUCAAACUCUCCCUCAAACGCACUCAUACACAUACAGAUACUAUCAUGAGGGUUCCCACAAUCAUGGAAAACUUGGAAAUAUCAGGGAAUUUUGAAAUUAAGGUUUCUAGGCCUGGAAAAGUCUAAAAAGUCUCUGGAGAUUAUAUAUAUUUUUUCUAGAUACACUCUGCUCUAAAAUAUUUCAUUGGCAAGAUAUCUCGCUUGUGUAGAAUAAAACAUGCUUGAAAGCCAUAGUGAUGUUCGAUUUGUGAGCGACUCUUUCCUUCACACUCUCAAGUUCAUUAGAGUUGAUGACAGAAGUAGAAAAAAAAUUAUAUUACGUGGUUGCUCAGAUGUAUCACAGCAGUUCCUAGGUGAAUUGUCCACUGUGUGGCGCUGAAAGCAAGUUUAUUUAUUUAUUUAUUUAUUUAUUUUACGUUUUUAAGGUUAAACCUCUAUCAUAUGGAGCCCCUUAAAGGACAGGGCGGGAUUU